CCAUAGAGUGAGACUGAGAACAGGAAGCGGAGGCAGAAGCAAAGAGGAUUCUGGAAAGGUCUCUGUGUUUUCUUUUCCAAAGAGAAUGCAGAAAUUGUAAUUAAUUUGCAAACCUUUGUAGGCAGAAAUCUGGAUAAUUUCAGGAGGAGGCAUAUUAUAUUAUCAUAUCAUUUUUGGAUGCUGGGCUUUGCUGUGAUUUGUUGUUCUCUUUUCAUCAGAUAAACAUUGGAUACAAACAAAGUGGGACAGUCUUGAAGAAGCUUCAGCUUCAGAGGAGGAGCAUUUCUACUCCAGGUCUGUAAUCUUUUGAGUUCCACAUUCACCCAGAGAAGUGGCCCUUCUAUCCUUACUAGAACAACAGGUUCAGUGGCUAUAUUUCAAGAUCUGCCAUUGUCCAUAAACACAAAGGACAUUCUUAUGCAAGAGGCUAAACGUAAUUAAAUUUGCAGGAUGAAAAGAUGGCACAGGCAUUGCUGGUACCACCAGGACCUGACAGUUUCUGCUAUUUUACUAGAGAAUCUCUCGCAGCUAUUGAAAAGCGUGCUGCAGAAGAAAAAGCUAAAAAACCCAAACAAGAUCAUACAGACAAUGAUGAUGAAGAUGGCCCAAAGCCAAAUAGUGACUUGGAAGCAGGAAAGACACUGCCAUUUAUUUAUGGUGACAUACCUCCAGGAAUGGUGUCCGAGCCCUUGGAGGACCUGGACCCAUAUUAUAUCAAUAAAAAAACUUUCAUAGUACUGAAUAAAGGAAAGACAAUUUUCCGAUUCAGUGCCACAUCUGCCUUGUACAUUUUAACUCCUGUCAACCCCGUUAGAAAAAUUGCUAUUAAGAUUUUGGUACAUUCAUUGUUCAGCAUGCUUAUUAUGUGCACUAUUUUGACCAACUGUGUGUUUAUGACCAUGAGUAACCCUCCGGAAUGGACAAAGAAUGUAGAGUACACAUUCACUGGAAUUUAUACCUUUGAAUCGCUUAUAAAAAUUCUUGCAAGGGGCUUCUGUUUAGAAGGUUUUACUUUCCUUCGUGACCCAUGGAAUUGGCUUGACUUCAGUGUCAUUUUGAUGGCAUAUGUGACAGAGUUUGUGGACCUGGGCAAUGUCUCAGCGUUGAGAACGUUCAGAGUUCUCCGAGCAUUGAAAACAAUAUCAGUUAUUCCAGGCUUGAAGACUAUUGUAGGAGCCCUAAUUCAGUCUGUGAAGAAGCUCUCAGAUGUAAUGAUCCUGACUGUGUUUUGUCUGAGUGUAUUUGCACUAAUAGGACUGCAGCUGUUCAUGGGCAACUUGAGGCAUAAAUGCUUGCAGUGGCCUCCAGACAAUUCCACUUUUGAAGUAAACAUUACUUCCUACUUGAAUAGCACAAUGGACGUAAAUGGUACCUUUGUUAAUACAACUGUGAGCACGUUUAACUGGAAGGAGUACAUUGAGGAUGAAACUCAUUUUUACGUUUUGGAGGGACAACGAGAUGCCCUACUUUGUGGUAAUAGCUCUGAUGCAGGUCAAUGUCCAGAAGGAUAUAUAUGUGUGAAAGCUGGUAGAAACCCCAAUUAUGGCUACACGAGCUUUGACACAUUCAGCUGGGCAUUCUUGUCACUCUUUCGGCUGAUGACUCAGGACUUCUGGGAAAAUCUUUACCAGUUGACACUACGAGCUGCUGGCAAAACAUACAUGAUAUUUUUUGUUCUGGUGAUUUUUUUGGGCUCUUUCUAUCUGGUGAAUUUGAUCCUGGCUGUGGUCGCCAUGGCCUAUGAAGAACAGAAUCAAGCAACACUGGAAGAAGCAGAGCAGAAAGAGGCAGAAUUUCAGCAGAUGCUUGAACAGCUAAAAAAACAACAAGAAGACGCUCAGGCAACGGCAGCAGUAGUAGCAGCGUCUGUUGCGUCAAGAGAUUUGAGUGGAGUAGGGGGACUAGGGGAGCUCUUGGAAAGUUCCUCAGAAGCAUCGAAGUUGAGCUCAAAGAGUGCUAAAGAAAGGAGAAACAGAAGGAAGAAAAGAAGACAGAAGGAACUGUCUGAAGCAGAAGACAAGGGAGAUGUUGAAAAGUUCCCCAAAUCUGAAUCAGAGGACAGUAUCAGAAGGAAAAGUUUCCGAUUCUCGAUGGAAGCAAGUCGACUGACAUAUGAAAAGAGGUUCACUUCCCCCCACCAGUCUUUGCUGAGUAUUCGUGGCUCCCUGUUUUCCCCAAGGCGCAACAGCAGAACGAGCAUUUUCAGCUUCAGAGGUCGAGCAAAAGAUAUAGGAUCAGAAAAUGACUUCGCUGAUGAUGAGCACAGCACUCUUGAAGACAACGAGAGCAGAAGAGAGUCUUUCUUUGCUCCAAACAGACAUGGUGAAAGACGCAACAGUAACAUUAGUGAAGCCAGUACGUCAUCCAGGAUGGUACCAGCGCUUCCACCAAAUGGGAAGAUGCACAGCACUGUAGAUUGCAAUGGGGUGGUUUCUUUGGUUGGAGGACCUUCAGCUCUCACUUCGCCUACUGGACAACUUCUCCCAGAGUGCACCACUACAGAAACAGAAAUAAGAAAAAGAAGAUUGAGUUCUUAUCAAAUUUCCAUGGAAAUGUUGGAAGAUUCUGCUGCAAGGCAAAGAGCAAUGAGUAUAGCUAGCAUACUCACAAACACAAUGGAAGAACUUGAAGAAUCCAGACAAAAAUGUCCACCAUGCUGGUACAGAUUUGCAAACACUUUCUUGAUCUGGGACUGCUGGAGCCCAUGGUUAAAAGUAAAACAUAUAGUCAAUUUGGUUGUGAUGGAUCCAUUUGUUGAUCUUGCUAUUACUAUCUGCAUUGUUCUAAACACAUUGUUUAUGGCCAUGGAACACUACCCAAUGACAGAACAGUUCAGCAGUGUGCUUACUGUGGGAAACCUGGUAUUUACUGGGAUCUUCACAGCAGAAAUGGUUUUAAAGAUAAUUGCCAUGGAUCCUUAUUAUUAUUUCCAAGAAGGCUGGAAUAUUUUUGAUGGUAUUAUUGUCAGCCUUAGUUUAAUGGAACUUGGUCUUGCAAAUGUUGAAGGAUUAUCAGUUCUCCGCUCAUUCAGAUUGCUCCGAGUAUUUAAGUUGGCAAAAUCUUGGCCAACACUGAAUAUGCUGAUAAAGAUUAUUGGUAACUCAGUGGGGGCUUUGGGAAAUUUGACGUUGGUGCUGGCCAUCAUUGUCUUCAUUUUUGCUGUGGUUGGUAUGCAGCUGUUUGGUAAAAGCUACAAAGACUGUGUCUGCAAGAUUGCUACAGACUGCGUACUUCCACGCUGGCACAUGCAUGACUUUUUCCACUCUUUCUUGAUUGUAUUCCGAGUGCUAUGUGGAGAAUGGAUAGAGACUAUGUGGGAUUGUAUGGAGGUUGCAGGCCAAGCCAUGUGCCUUAUUGUUUUCAUGCUGGUCAUGGUCAUUGGAAACCUUGUGGUAUUGAACCUGUUUCUGGCCUUGCUACUGAGCUCAUUUAGUUCAGAUAACCUUGCUGCUACAGAUGAUGAUAAUGAAAUGAACAAUCUCCAGAUUGCUGUUGCAAGGAUUCAGAAGGGAAUAGAUUAUGUGAAAAAAAAAUUACGGGAAUUCGUGCAAAAAGCCUUUGUUAGAAAGCAAAAAGCAUUAGAGGAAAUCAAAGCACUUGAAGAUCUAAACAACAAGAAAGACAGCUGCAUUUCCAACCAUACUGUCGUUGAAAUAAGCAAAGAUCUUAAUUGUCUCAGAGAUGGGAAUGGAACGACCAGUGGUGUAGGAACAGGCAGCAGUGUGGAAAAAUAUGUAAUUGAUGAAAAUGACUAUAUGUCAUUCAUAAACAAUCCGGGCCUUACUGUGACAGUACCUAUUGCUAUUGGAGAAUCAGAUUUUGAAAAUUUAAACACAGAAGAGUUUAGCAGUGAGUCGGAUAUGGAAGAAAGCAAAGAGAAGCUAAAUGCAUCCAGCUCAUCUGAAGGCAGCACAGUUGAUAUUGCCCCUCCUGGAGAGGGCGAACAAGCUGAGAUUGAACCUGAAGAAGCUCUUGAACCAAUAGCCUGUUUUACAGAAGGUUGUGUGCAGAAGUUCACAUGUUGUCAAGUAAGUAUAGAAGAUGGCAAAGGCAAAAACUGGUGGAAUCUUAGGAAAACCUGCUACAGCAUAGUUGAACACAACUGGUUUGAGACAUUCAUUGUCUUCAUGAUUCUUCUGAGCAGUGGCGCUCUGGCUUUUGAAGACAUAUAUAUAGAGCAGCGCAAGACUAUCAAGACCAUGCUGGAAUAUGCUGACAAGGUUUUCACUUACAUCUUCAUUCUGGAAAUGCUUCUGAAAUGGGUUGCCUAUGGUUUUCAAAUGUAUUUCACUAAUGCCUGGUGCUGGCUGGACUUCUUGAUUGUUGAUGUGUCGUUGGUUAGUCUAGUAGCCAAUGCCUUGGGCUAUUCCGAACUUGGUGCCAUUAAAUCGCUUAGGACACUAAGAGCUUUGAGACCUCUAAGAGCCUUGUCACGAUUUGAAGGGAUGCGGGUGGUUGUUAAUGCCCUGAUAGGAGCAAUUCCAUCCAUCAUGAAUGUGCUACUGGUUUGUCUGAUAUUCUGGCUAAUCUUCAGCAUCAUGGGAGUAAAUCUGUUUGCUGGCAAGUUCUACCACUGUGUUAACACAACAACUGGUGAGAUGUUUGAUAUCAGCGAUGUUGACAAUUAUACUCAGUGCGAGGACCUCAUAAAAAAGAAUGAAAGUGCCCGAUGGAAAAAUGUGAAAGUAAACUUCGAUAAUGUAGGCGCUGGGUAUCUUGCACUGCUUCAAGUAGCUACAUUUAAAGGAUGGAUGGAUAUUAUGUAUGCAGCUGUUGAUUCACGAGAUCUACUAGAUCAGCCUAAGUAUGAGGACAACCUGUACAUGUAUCUUUACUUUGUCAUCUUUAUCAUCUUCGGAUCAUUCUUCACCCUGAACCUUUUUAUUGGUGUCAUCAUAGACAACUUCAAUCAACAAAAAAAGAAGUUUGGAGGUCAAGACAUAUUUAUGACAGAAGAACAGAAGAAAUACUACAAUGCAAUGAAAAAACUGGGGUCCAAGAAACCACAAAAACCUAUACCUAGGCCAGCGAACAAAUUCCAAGGCCUGGUCUUUGAUUUUGUAACAAAACAAGUAUUUGACAUCAGCAUCAUGAUUCUUAUCUGCCUUAACAUGGUCACCAUGAUGAUAGAAACAGAUGACCAGAGUGAUGAGAUGGAAACUAUUUUACACAGGAUAAACCUGGUAUUCAUUGUCCUUUUCACUGGAGAAUGUGUCCUGAAAUUGAUUUCACUCCGUUAUUACUACUUCACCAUAGGCUGGAACAUUUUUGAUUUUGUGGUUGUCAUUCUCUCCAUUGUGGGUAUGUUUCUAGCUAAGGUGAUUGAAAAAUAUUUUGUGUCCCCCACCUUGUUCAGAGUUAUCCGACUCGCCAGAAUCGGCCGAAUCCUACGUCUCAUUAAGGGAGCUAAAGGGAUCCGUACUUUGCUUUUUGCUUUGAUGAUGUCUCUUCCUGCUUUGUUUAACAUUGGUCUCCUGCUUUUCCUGGUCAUGUUUAUCUAUGCUAUAUUUGGAAUGUCCAACUUUGCCUACCAGUUCAUAGAGUUCAGUAAACUGUCUGAUUUUGCAGCUUCACUGGAUCCUCCUCUUCUUGUAGCAAAACCAAACAAAGUUCAGCUUAUUGCAAUGGAUCUGCCCAUGGUGAGUGGUGACAGAAUUCACUGCCUUGACAUCUUGUUUGCUUUUACAAAGCGUGUUUUGGGGGACAGUGAUGAGAUGGAUGCACUUCGAAUACAGAUGGAAGACCGGUUUAUGGCAGCAAAUCCUUCUAAAGUUUCCUAUGAACCAAUUACAACUACAUUAAAAAGAAAACAAGAAGAGGUAUCUGCUACUGUUAUUCAGCGUGCUUACAGAUGUUACAUUUUAAAGCAAAAAGUUAAAAAAGUCUCCUGUAUGUAUAACAAAGAUAAAACCGAAGGGGAUGGCUUACCUGUCAAAGAUAUGAUUAUUGAUAAACUCAAUGAAAACUCCACUCCAGAAAAAACAUAUGAGAGCUCCUCUACAACCUCUCCACCUUCCUAUGAUAGUGUUACAAAGCCAGACAAAGAGAAAUAUGAAAAAGAUAAAAUAGAGAAAGACUAUAAAGGUAAAAAUGUUAGGGAAAGUAAAAAAUAAAAAACUAAGAAUUCUGUUUGUGUGACAAAUUGUUUACAGCCUUUGAAAGAUGUAUUUGUGUCAACAGGACUCCUGAAGGAGGUUUAUGCCAAACUGACAGUUUUUACAUAUAUAUAUAUAUAUAUAUGUGUGUGUAUAUACAUAUUAUACAUAUAUAUAUACACACACUCAAGGUCAGUGCCUAUAACAAGACAGUGAUCUCUUGUCAUCAACCUGUGACUCUGUAAAACAGGGUAACAACCUUGACAAGAGGUUUCUGUUUUCACUACAGCUGACACUGCUGAAGAGGAGACACACAGUGGCUACAGUCUCUAGGGACCAUGAAAGGUGUGCAAAGCUAUAAUUUUUGUGGGUUUUAACAUACUGCAAAAUAUUUAGUACAGUAACUGUAUCCACUGUUUGUAAUUCAACUGCCACAUUUGCCAUAUUUUUACAAAAUUGGUUUUGGUGAAUUUAUUGUUUUUUUAAUUCACAGGUUGUUUACUAUUAUAUGUGACUAUUUUUGUAAAUGGGUUUUAUGUUGGGGAAGAGGGUUCGAGGACCAGGUGUUCUGCUCUCUAAUUCUCUAUAAUGUACAGACAGCAGUGAUUUGCAUGAAGGCAUGCUGCACUUCUAGAUCACGCAUGGAAAAAAAUGACAUCAGACAAAGUAACAGAGUUUUAAUUACUUCCACAUUUCAGGGUGGCUCUAAAAUUUGAGGUGUUUUAACUAGUUAUGUUGUCGCAUCCAGACAAAUCUUUAUGUGCCUGCAAAGUCUCCUGUAAUUUACAAGAAUUUAGAAAUGGAUUAUUUUAAUGCAAAUUGUUAAAUAUCAGGAAGUGCAAACUUCAUCCUAAAUUCCAGUCACAUAAUCUUUGUUUUUGUUAAAUGUUCCACAGGAAAAAAAUAUCAUAUGGAAUCUGCCCUUGAAAAGUGACUUCACCAAACAAGUCACUUGUUUAGAAAUUCUACUUUAUCUUGAGGUAUUGUUUCGUAUGUUCUUCUCUCAGUUAGACUGACAUCUAAUAGGUCAAUAAAAUGCCCUCUGUUAUGUAAAUACUUAUUUUACACUGUUGUGCAUAUUUGAGCAUACAAAUAAGUGGUCAUGCCACAGUACUUUGUAUCAAAUAAGUACCACAGUAUAUUUAGUUUGCAAGCUUUCAACAGGUAAUCUAUUGUAUUCUGUACCAUUAUAGAUAGUUUGGAGGGUAUCACUGAUGCAUGUUAAUAUUGCCUUUGCUGCUGUAUUUUGCUCGGUCUACUGUUCAGAGUUCUUCACUGUAGGAAGCCAUAUGUCAGUGGUAAAGUGAAUUAAAUUGUUCAACCAGACCUCAUUCCUUCAUAUCAUUAAGCAAUAGUUUGCAGUUAUUUACCAGCUUCUUUAGUUUUGCAUUUUAAAUGGUUACUAUUUGGUGUAAAGCCAGACUGUAUAGGGCCUCCUACAAACUGUUUAACCUGUUGAAAAUGUGGUUAGCAUAUAUAAAUAAUGUAAAAAUAAAUCAUAUUACUUGGCAGCAUUUUUGUACAUAAGAAAACUGUCAUCAGAUUCAUGUAAUUGUUUCUUAAGUUAUUUUCCACAGUCACUUGUUUAUUUUCUAUCCAUGUUAAUUUUCAAUGGAGAACUUCACAAUGAAAGAAAUAAAGAAAAUAGUGAGUAUUUGUAGGCUACUUUGUUUUAAUAUUGCAAACAUUUCAAUGUGAAAUAUUUUGUGUAAAACUGGAAACCAAGUUUAUUUGGUUCCAAAUAGUUAUAGCUAGUAAGUGGAAGUGGCGGGGGGAUGUUUGAAUUUCUAGCACUGCUUGCAUCAGAAGUUUUGAGAUAGUCUUGUUGUUCAUGGAAUCCUUGCUAUUUUUCCAGUGUUUGUUUACAUAGCUCAGGGGUUGGCAACCUGCGGCACGCAAGCUGAUUUUUAGUGGCACUCUGCUGCCAGCCAGAGUACCGGCCGCCGGCCCCGCUCAGCCUGGAUGAACGGAACCCUCAGCCGGCAGCGGACUGAGUGGGGCCG